UCUUUAAUUAUGCACGAGUUUUGAUAUAGUUGUUUUCCGACAGAUAAUUCCCAUUAACAUUUCAAAGAAAAUGACUGUUCGUGUUGUACAUUUUUCUUCUCAAAUCUCACAAUCAAUCUUCGCAUUCUCGUUUAUACAAAAUUCAUAUGAAAGCUUCGCCAAUUGCCACUCAUUCGCCUCUAAAAUACCAUGAAAUCGUGACCUCUGACCGCUAUAUAAAUACCACAACCUUCACAGUUGCCAUUCACUCGAAAUUCCUCUCCUAACAAUCCCUAAAAUCCCCAAAGUAACAAUGUCGACCACCCCACCACCCGUCCUAAACUAUGAAUUUUCUUCUAAAAAAUCCACCUCCUUUACUAAAACUGCACCCAAUCGACCCCCCCUCUCAGACCUUGACAACAUGCGUCUCCUCCUCCAAACGUCCCCCCUUUCCAGCCAAAUGUACAAAAACCUGGCAAGAUACACCAAAACCCAUUUCACAAUUUGCAAUGCACUCAACACAAUUUAUUUUAAAAGAGAUCCGUCCACAUUUUACAUUUCUUUGAUCAAGUAAGUUUCUAGAAAUUUCUUAACAUUCAGUAAAUAUUUAAUAAAACAACCCCAUUUCCAGGUCCACCCCCCGGUUAACGUUGGUAAAAUUCAACGUGUUCCUCCACUGGAGCUACACCAUCGGCACGUUGCUCUACUUUCUAAGUACUCAAAGUUUGAAUCGCGUUUGGGAAAAAUUGCUCGGCGCAGCGUUCACUGCGGCGUGGGGAGUUUGCGCCCUGAUGCAAACGGAACUUUGGAAAAAGAGGGAGGAAACGGAAUUCCUGUUCAAAUCCAUCAUCAAUUUCGAAAAUUUGUAUCUUCCUGUUCGAGACAUGAAAGGCGUGAAAUUGGACAAGAUCUGUUCAAGUUUGAUGAGUUUGGGAAUUGUGUCAAGUUUCGGAUUGCCUGGUUUAAUGACCGUUCUACUCGCUGUUAACAGCUGCAUGCCUCCACAUUUGGGCUACGUCUUCUUCAAAAGUCAGCUUGGAUCAUGCUCUGUACACGAUUUUACUACGCAAAUAAUCGUGCUAAUGGCGGAUGCUUAUCUUUGGAUCAUUGCACUUCCUCACGGACUAUUUUACGUUUUCCAAGGUCUUCUCGUGGGAGUCAGGUGUCAGGACUUUUAUCUCAAAUUGCUCACCUGGGGGCAUCGAAACGCGGCGACGUCAGGUUCCCAAAAGGACGACCUGAGUUUAAAGAUUUACCGAGAAAUACAAAUACUGAACAAGAUAUUCAACACGGUAUUUCAAGACGCAUUUUUUCCAGGUGUGAUAGCCGUGGGUAUAUUUGUGGCCAUAAUGGGAAUGUUUGCCAUCUUAAAAUUAAGACACGCCAUCCCAUUUCCUGCAAUUAUGUUCUUUCCGAUCAUUGCUUCCGAUGGACUAAGUAUUAUUUUCAUUGCUAAAAUCGCUGCAUUGGCCUACGUCCAAUCCCAGCAUUUCCUUAAACUUCUCAGCUCCAGAUCCAUCCACUACAAAAGAGUUUCCGUUUUUCGAAAAAGAUUAAAUGCACUGGACAAAAUCAAAAUCAAGUUUGGAGGAAAUUUCGUCGAUCAAGGCACUCCUUUCGUUUUCAUGGAUUUCUGGAUUACACAAACCGUGUCUUUAAUGCUAUUAACGGAUAAGUAGAAUUUUUCUUGUUAAGAAAUUGGCUUUUAAUAAAAUUAUCACUUGGAAAAUGGGAGAAAAAAAUGCGACGCACAUUUCCACUAAAGAAAUCAACAUUGCCAACUGUAACAAUUUUUGUAAUCUAUGCCAAUGUCACUACUAAUCG